CUUUUAAUUUUAAAAACCUACAUUUAUGUUAGCUAUAAAAAAUAAAUGAAAUGGACAAUUCAAAAAGAUACACUAAUAGCAAUGAGAGAGGUAUAAUAUGCCUUUCCUUUGCUUAUACAUUUAUGCUUACAAUUAAAAUGUGGUUAAUACACGAUGCACAUAUUAUAAUACACAAAGUAUUAUACGAUAUCUUCGAGUGCAGUCCUAAGGACCUUUAUGAAAAUAGUACUUAUUCAUAAAUCUCAAGUCUUAUACAUUCUGGAUAGUCGAAUACAUAUUAAACAUUAUCAUGUCGUCUAGGUUUUUAAACAUUAGGUGGUUACCUACCUACGUAUAAACUCGACAACAUAUGCACCAUGACAACGUCGUAUAAUCUAACUAAAUGACUUAAUAUUAUACAUAUAUUAUAUAUCAUACGAGGUAAGUAUCCUUUUACCAUAGCGCUACCAUACUAUGUUACCAUGGCGACAGUUUUGUGUACCUACUUCACGUUUGUUUUCACAAUUUUUUCAACAACUCUUUCACUUUGUGCCUUUUCAAUGGAUUUUUAAUUUUAUUUCUGACUUCAGUUUCUAACUAAUCAUAAGGUUCUGGAAAAUCAGUAAAAAUGGCGUACGACAACUCUGUAAUAACAGAUAUAAUGAAGGACAUUGGCUGUGGUGACGGCUUUCACAUACCUGUAGCAAAUGAAGAAAAUCAAUUACUUGAAAAUGAGAUAAAAGAAUUGCUUAAAAAAAAAGCAGAAUUGUUGGUUAUCGAUGAAUCAAUGGAUAAUGAAUUACGUGAUAGUAAAAACAUAUUAACCAAUUUAUCAAAUCACGAGAAUCAAAAUCAGAAAUUGAUCAUAGCCAAUCGCCAACAACACGAGACGGAACAGCAUCUGCUGAUUGCAGCUCAAAGAGACAGCGACUGUUUAUCCAAGGAAUAUAGAACAUUGAAAAAUAAUUUCAAUGAAUUGACUGAGAACCAGAAUAAAAUGGAAAAUGAGUUGGCAAAAACCGAUGAAAAAAUAAAAGAAUUGAAAGAAACUAUCGAAUGGGGUGAUGAAACGCUUUUGGCAUGGAACAACGACUUGGUUAAACGAUGUACAGAUGUUAAUAUUCUCGAGACAUAUCAUUUAGAGGAUAAUAACAGGUUUAAGGAAUUGGAAUUACGAAGACAAUACCUUCAACGGGAUGUGAUUGACAGGGAGUCACUUGUGGAAAAAGAAGUAGGUGAACUACUUCAAGUAGAAAGAGAGCUAGAACAAACUGCUAGAUUAACUAGACAAGCACAACAUGAAAGAAACCACCGGCUUGAACAAUGGGAAAAUGCAGUUAAUUUUUUGAACUCUAAUCAAAAAGAUUCUCAGAAUACCAUUGAAGAAAUCAAUAAAAUUAGGUUAGCUGCUCGUGAAGUGUAUGAUAAUAUGAAUGAAAAUAAACAGAAGUAUCAAGAAUAUUUGGAGAAAAAUGAAGAAUUAGAAAAUAAAAUGGAAGAAGUAAAUAAAGUCAAUAAUGAGCUGAAGUUAUCGACCCUUAAUAAGCUUUCGGAAACUGAAGAUUUACAAUCAGAGGUGUUGUCCGCUCAAAAAGCUCUGAGUGUUAUGGGCAAUAAGUUAGAAAAUGAGCGUACAAAACGUAAGCAUAUGGAAAACGAAUUAACAAAAUUAAAAACCCAGAUACAACAAAAGGAAAAAAGCUUGGCAAAAAUAAAGGAUGAUUUGUCUAAAAUCAAAAAUCAGUCCAUGACCACGGAGGAGAGAUUAAAUGAACUGAAUUUGAUCUACAAUCAAAAAAAAAGUGAAGCAGAAAAAUUUAUGUCAGAAAAAAAUAAAUUACUUAAUAUUGCGUAUAACGUACGAAAUGAGAUAAGCCAGGAAAAAAUUAACAUCGAUUUGUUGACAAGUCAAUUAGAACGAAUUUGUAACAAACAAAAUCUACUGAGUAAGGAAGAAUCGAAAUUAAAAAAAUUAAUUUUGGAAAAAAAAGAAAUCGUAUACAACUUGAGCUUUCAACUCGAAACUAUACGAAUAGGAAUUGCUGAAGCCAAGGGAACCACGGAUAUUGAAGAGAUGAAAGUUAUGCAAGAAAAGUUGCAAAAGUGUAACGAAGAAUUAAGGCAGGCCAUCGAUCACCAGCAUCAGUUGGAAAAGCAGUUAAAAUCGACUGAAAGUGAAACCCGACGUAUAACCAAACAAAUCGAAAAAAAUACUACAGAAUUAGAAAUUCUCCGAAAUCGAGUAGAAGAAUUGAACGUGACUAAUGAAGGAGGUGUAAAACAAAUUCAAGUCUUAAAAGAAACUAAUCACCGGUAUCACAUGGAAGAAAUGAUGGUGAAGCUUAAGAUAGAACAAAUGAAGAAGUUGACGAACAACGAAUGCGAUAAAGUGUACUCGUUGGCUCAGCAGCGUGAAGAAUUAACUAUGGGCAUAAACAAUAGAAAAAAGGAAGUGGCGGAAAUUUAUAAGCGGAUCAGUGACGAGAAAAAAUUGCUGUUGGAUGAGAAGUCAACGAUAAAACGCAAGUUGGACUCGAUGGUCCAGUACAUCGAACAACGGAAGACCAAGCACCAGAUACUUUUGUCUACAAUGGGAGGUCCCUCAGCCAGGACUACCGUGGACGGCAGCGGUGACGACGAUUGCGACGGUGUUGACGAAGACAUAUCGUCGUUCAGGAUGAGCGAGCACCGGAUCCGAGUAGCCCAGGAAAAGCUUGAACUGCAGGAGACUGGUGACCGGCUGGACGAGCGAGUGCAAAAGCUGGAGACCGAGAUCCGGGCCAUGGAGAACACGUUGCACGUGCUCAACGCCAACAACCACUGUUACAAGUCCGGAAUGUCUUCUGUGAAUCCAGAAAGUGAGGAGUACAAGGAAAAAGUUGUUCUGGAGGAGACAUACGAAAAACUCAACAGCAUGUGGCUGCAGAAAAAAAAAACUCUUGAAAAUCUGGAGAACGAAAUUCGAGAUUUAGAAGUUCAAUAUAAAGUAAAAAGUGAAGAAUUAGAAAGUUUGAUUAACAUUCGAGACAUCAAAGACGGUGAACGUGAACGCGUGCUCAAAGAGUCCAAUGAACAAAUAAUGAAACUAAACCGAGCAAAUAACCGAAUCGAGUUUGAUAUGAAAACAAUUGACAAGUGUUGUGAUCCCGAUAAACGGAAUGCACUUGAAUUGAUAAAACGGGAUAUCGUGGUGAGGAUGAUGAAAAAAGUGAACAAGUGCGUUUUGGAGCAGUUGUCGGAAAUGUCUGUUCGACACAUAGAAGUCGAACCGACUGUUAAGCAAUAUUUGUCGGAAAAGGAUUUGGAAUUACCUGUCGUGUCCGGUCUGUUUUUGAAUAAAGCAAAAUCAAGUUGCGGGUCUAGCUCGGUAUCAUUGAUGAGCAGUAAUUCUAGCGUUAAAAGUUAUUCGGACGAAGACAAGCAGUGUUCAUAUUCCGUAGUGAACUUAGGACCUACAGCUUUAAGUGGUUCUGUUAAAUCUGGUACUUCAAUCGUGACGAAACGGUACAAAUAAUUAAAUGUUCAAGUCUUACGGAUGUAUAUAUUUUUUAUUUAGAGAACUUAAGUCUUGUAAGGUGGUUGGAAGCAGAAUAUUAUCAAUUUCAUGAUUUAGAUAAUUUAUUAGACAAAACUAUGUCUAUUUAGAAUAAUUAGGUUAUUCGGAUUUCAUUUCUGUACAACUGUAAAAACAUUAAGUUUAUAGAACACUUUUCUAAAGAUUUUUUUUAUUGGAACUCAAAAAGUACUACAGUAGAAACAUGAAUUUAUCAUAAAAUAUGUUCUAAACCAUUUUCUAAACAUGAUAAAAUUUUCAAAAUAUUAUAGUAUAUUUUUGAUUUGUAUAAGCUAGUUUUUAAUAAAUUAUUGUCGAUACAAACUUUUUGCUGUGUCAAAAAAACAGAAAAUUUAAUAUAAGGUCUCUUAUAAGUUGUUAUUUGUGUAAUUGAAAAAUGGUAUAGCGUAUAUUCACAAUGACUUUUUACAAGAGCCUGAACUUGGAAUUUUGACAAAAUUUGUUAAAAUCACGAUCAUUUGCAAAA